AUGGACUCUCCAUUGCCCGAAGUCAUAUCCAUGGAAUCCUCGGCUCGAUCUGAUAGUUGCUUUCGCGUACGCUGCGGAUCACCGGUCAAAUACAUUGUCACCACCCAGGGCACACUCCACGGCGACGCCUUGCUCAUGCCUCUCUUCUCACUUCCACCUCUUCCCUACAGCCGCGACGACUGGACUGUCGCCACCAUUUCCCGCAGCAAUGAAACCGGCGAGCUGGUACCAUCGCUUUCGAACGGUACACUGCUUGGUGUGAAGGAAAUAUGGCACCCGGAAAUGGUCGAUUGCUUGUCAUUAGAUCGCGUCGAGCGCCUAAGCGCCACAGCUUUUGAAUGCAUCCGCAGAAGACAACAAACCGGCACAGUCACAACGAUUGCCAAAGUGGCACGCUUCGAAUGGGAGAUUCCACGUAUGGAGCGCGUGCGUACCGCCUGCUCGAAGGAACGGGCAUUGCGCCGCGGUUCCUCGGUCAUGUUUAAGAGCAAGGGCGGACAGUAG